AUGCGGCAGAAAGAGAACGAGCAGGCUUGGAGUUGCGAUCGGAAAGUUCAAGCUCGGGGCUUCCUCACCCCGCCGCCGCACACUCGUGCCCGUCGCCGUCUCUUUCCGCCGCCGCCAUUCUCGGAGAGGAAGAUGGAAUCCUCCUCCGCCAACGCCAACUCUUCACCCGUCGGGAGUUGCAAGCACGACCUCUUCCAUGUCGUUCACAAGGUCCCCGCCGGCGAUUCUCCCUACGUCAAGGCCAAACACGUUCAGGCAAGUCCAACCCAAAUAAGUCCACCUUUCUUUCUGUUCCUUUUCUUUUCUUGUCUGGGUAUCUCAUUGAUUGAGAAGGACCCGAGCAGGGCUGUCUCCAUGUUCUGGGCCGCCAUUAACGCUGGUGACCGAGUUGAUAGUGCCUUGAAAGACAUGGCUGUGGUGCUGAAGCAAUUGAAUCGUUCUGAUGAGGCAAUUGAGGCCAUCAAAUCCUUUCGUCAUCUCUGCCCUCAAGAAUCGCAGGAAUCCAUUGACAACGUGCUCGUUGAACUCUACAAGAGGUCAGGAAGGGUAGAGGAAGAAAUUGAAAUGCUUCAGCGCAAGCUGAAGAACAUAGAAGAAGGAAUGGUGUUCGGUGGGAGAAGGACAAAGGUCGCCAGGUCUCAAGGCAAGAAGAUUCAAAUAACCGUUGAACAAGAGAGGGCUCGAAUUCUAGGAAACUUGGCCUGGGCUUACUUGCAGCAGCACAAUUAUGGCUUAGCUGAACAACAUUACAGGAGAGCUCUGUCCCUGGAGCCUGAUAGGAACAAGCAAUGCAACUUGGCAGUGUGUCUGAUGCACAUGAACAAGCUCCCUGAAGCAAGGGCUCUGCUUCAAGCCGUAAGAACUUCUUGUGGGAACAAACCAAUGGAGGAAUCUUACGCGAAAUCGUUUGAGCGUGCUUAUCAGAUGCUGACGGAGUUGGAGUCACGCCAAUCAAGUGAUGAACCUCCUUCUGCUUCUUCUUUGCAAACGCAACCAGUUGGUGAUCACCAUGGCUGGACGGAAUGCCCCUAUUUUGCUGCUGCUACACCUCCUCCGCCUCGAAGCUUUGGCAUCCUCAUGAACAGCGGAAGGCACCGCCAUAGGCAGAAUUGCUACGCUUCAACGACACCGGUGCUGUUCUCUCAGCCGAGAAGGUGUUUAUUCGGAAAUUUGGGAGUAGAGGGAUUCCCAAGUAGUACUACAAAUCAUGGAGAGCAGCAACAGUCGAGUGGGGGAGGGACUGAAGCUACUGCGUUGAAAAUUGAAGCGAGUAUGGUCACCCCUCGGCUGGAAUCCCAGCCAAGAUGGGUGGCCGCUUCUUCUUCACCUUCGCCUGCUGAAAGAGACUGGAGGAAGCCGUGGACACAAGCCGCUGCUGCGGCUACUACUCCCGGGAACAAUGACAAUAAUAAUAUACUGGUGAAGUUUCCAGUGGGUACGAACAAGAGUUGGGCUGAGAUGGUUGAAGAAGAGGAGGCCGAAGCAGAGCUGGGAAAGCUACCAACAGGUUGGAAGACUGAUGAUGUAACAGGAACUCUGGGCGAGAACUGGGAUGCAAACAUGGCUAAUGAUGUAAGGAGCUGGUAUACAAAGAACGAGCAGCAAUCUUCCCAAACUGACGGAGUUGGUAUAUCGAGGACAACAGCCGCAUUGAGACGCCUGUGCUUCGACGUAGCUGGGAAAAAUAUGAACACCACGACGACUAAGAGAAGAAACCGUCUCCAGGUCUUCAAGGACAUAACCCCAACUCCAGAUAGUCCACGAGCAUCUUCUGCGGCAAUGUUAAUGAACAAGAAAGAAACGGCACUCUAA